AUGUUGUACCUUGCCAUUCUUGCACUUCUCGGCACGCCAGCCCUUGGCGAGGAGGCCAGAACCUACGAAUAUUCGGACGAUCGUCUCUUUACUGUGGUUUUUUCUGGGUCCAAUGUCCAGCACAUAGCGACCACAAAGACCACCAUUACUGGCGACACUUCCACCAGAGAGAGAACUUUUCUUACCUAUACGGGCGAAGGGGCCCGCCCUACAGGGGAAGCUUCUUUGAACGAUACGGAUGAGAGCGACCCGGAGCUGGAUGCAGAGGACUUGUACUCGUCUGAUGACGAUGGGAUUUUCAUUGCCAUGCACGAGGACGAAGAGGCUGUUACCGAGGAAGCUAGUGGAUCGGCAAGCAGCGAAGCCUCGUCGGAAGCCUCUGCAAGCGACUCAGGAACCCUGGCUUCUGCACUGGGCUCAGACACCUCAGCCUCUGGUUCCGGAUCUGAAACUUCCGGUGAAUCUGAAACGUCGGCCACCUCAGGAUCUGAAACAUCAGCAUCUGGAACGUCCGGCUCCGCUACCUCUGGAACCACUUCUGGAACAUCGGGAACGGACUCUGGCAGCUCCGAUUCUGAAACUUCUGGAAACAACGGCGCUGCUCUUAGCAACGGCCUUGGAACGUUUUUCGCAGCCGCCGUCUUGGCUCUCUUGUGA